UGUGGUUGUCAAUGUGUACCGGAAAUACGAAUACAGUGGCCUUGACCUCAAGUGUUAACGUACGCAAGGAGCUUUAUGGCUUUAGUGUUGCGACGAUUAUCCCGUCUGAGAGUUUUUGGUGCUGCUGUGAGAAGUGUUGGUCAGUAUCAGUCAUCACUGAUUAAAGAGGGUCAUAUGAGUGAGCUGCUGGCUAAUCGUCAAGACAUGAGAGUUAGGCUUAUUCCAGCUUUAGAGGACAACUACAUGUACCUUAUCAUUGAUGAGCAGACGCAAGAGUGUGCUGCUGUAGACCCUGUAGACCCAGAAAAGAUACUGCGAGCUAUAAAGGAGGAGGGUGUUGUCUUAAAGUCUGUGUUGACUACUCAUCAUCACUGGGACCAUGCAGGAGGGAAUGAAAAGUUGAUUGGUUUAGCAGGCAAAGUGCCAGUGUAUGGAGGCGAUGACAGGAUUGGUGCUCUGACCAAAAAGGUUUCAGAGGGAGACAGAUUUAAGAUUGGAUCACUGGAUGUGGAAUGUCUUUUCACUCCAUGUCAUACUUCGGGGCAUAUAUGCUAUUUGGUAAAAGAUUCUUCUGGGACACAACCUGCAGUGUUCACAGGUGACACACUUUUUGUAGCUGGCUGUGGAAAAUUUUUUGAAGGAACUGGAAAGCAGAUGUACAUGGCACUUGUUCAUAAACUUGCAGCAUUAAACAAAGACACUAAAGUAUACUGUGGCCAUGAGUACACAGUCAACAAUUUGAAGUUUGCGGCUUAUGUGGAACCCAAGAAUGAAGCUGUGAAGUCAAAGCUAGCUUGGGCACAGAAUCAACGGAGCAAGCAUGAACCCACAGUUCCCUCAACCAUUGGUGAAGAACUGGAAUACAAUCCUUUCAUGAGAAUUGGAGAGCAGGAUGUUCAGAAGCACACAGGGAAAUCUAACCCAGAAGAAGUUAUGGAUUACCUCAGAGAAGAAAAGAACAACUUUCGUUAGCAUGAUUUGUUUUCAGGAGUAAGGCAGGGGUGGGCUUAGAAUCAUUAUCUUCAAACCAGUGAUAGUACAUAUGAAUAUUUGAAAGCUUUGCCAUGCACCAAAAUGGAUUUUCUCUUGUGUUAUCUUAAGCAUGUUAUACUUCUGUUUAUACAGUGUUUUUAUUAUGUUGUUUCGUAUUAUUGUUGUAAAAUGUAAAUCAUUUGUAUGCCUAAUUUAAAUUUUCAGUUUUCAAAAUUGUUGUUAAUAAUUGGUUGCUAUGGAAAUUGUUUAACUUUUAAGUUCAGAAAAUUUAAAUAAAGGAUGUCAAAAAUU